AAGAUAACAGGGAUCGAAACUAGUUACUCAUUACCAUGGGGAUCUUUUCCGCAGACUUAUUCCCCACAAAACUCAGUGUUGUGAUUUUCUUAUCGUAUAUGGGACUUUUUAUCAAUCAAGGUAUUUUGGUAACAGCAUCCAAAACUUCGACAAAUCAGUAUAAAUACAGCACAGUGACCGUUGUGUUGCUCACAGAAUGCAUCAAACUGCUCACCGCCAUGAUUCUCUAUUUGAAGGAUCACAGUUUUCCCACAAUGAUGGCUGAUAUCAACAAAUAUAAGACAGUCAUGUUGUUCUACUUUGUACCUGCAUUUCUGUACUGUCUGUACAACAACCUUCAGUUUGUGAACCUCGCUGUAUUUGAUCCGACAACCUAUUACCUGUUGCUGCAGAUCAGAGUUGUUGUCACAGGGAUUAUUUUCCAGAUUCUCUUUAAAAAGAAGCUGAGUGCAGUCCAGUGGGUGUCAGUGCUUAUGCUGACCGUGGGCUGCAUAAUCAAGGACAUCAACCGCCACAUGCAGCACACCACCAAGCCAGGAGCUGAAACCAAAGAAGUUUCCAUUUCAUCUUUCUUCGACAUCCAUCUCGGUUUGAUCAUGGUUCAGGUUUUUGCUUCAUGCUUCGCUGGCGUGUACAACGAGUAUCUUCUCAAAGACAAAGGAUGCGAUGUCCAUAUCAUGAUGCAGAAUAUAUUCAUGUACGUCGACUCCAUUUUCUGUAAUGUCAUCGUGUUAGGGUUUCGAGGAGAGCUUAUCGGUGCAUUUACCAUAGACAAUGUGACAUCACUGGGCAAGCCAAUUGUCAUUGCCAUCAUGUUUAAUAAUGCUGCCAUUGGCAUUACGACGAGUCUGUUUUUGAGAAACAUGAAUUCUAUUUUAAAAACGUUUGCCAGUGCUCUGGAACUGAUGUUUACUGCUGUUCUGUGUUGGUUUAUUUUUGGCAUUGCCAUUGAUGUGUACACUGUUGUGGCCAUUUUUGUUGUUAGUAUAGCAGUUUAUAUUUAUUCUCAAAACCCUGUUGUAAAUAAGCCCAAAAAUGAAUUGACAUUGUCACCUGUUUUGAUGAAAGAAAAUGGCUCCGUGAAAGAAACUGUGUGAUAAAUAAAUCAAAAUAAUAUUUACCAAUAUGUAGAUAGAGAGAACCUCAUCAGGUCAAGUCUUUUGUAUUAGAAGUACACUUUUUUUUUUUAAUUGUUGAACGUUACUGUUUUAAAAUUAUAUAUAUGUUAAAAAAAAAAGUUAAUUAUUAAGUGUAUAUACAAAAAUAUUUAAUUGAUAU